AUGACCUCGGCUAUCCCAUUUGACUAUGUCUACUCUGAUUCCCACCUGGUACCUGACCUUGGCUUGAACCGCUAUCCAGCAAUCCUCUAUUCCCAGAGGGGCUUGCAUACCUCGCACAGGCACCAUCUGUCUGCAGACCUCAUCUCCGUGUAUCAGCUGUGCUCCUGGGUGGACCACCAACAAGCACUCCUACAGGCGACCUGAGCAACUUUGGGCCUGAGUUCCACUGUCCCACUCUCAGGGGAGUCUGGAACUUAGCCGCAAGGGAAGCCCUCUCUCCAUUGGCCUCCAUCACCAGGUACCUGAAACUAGGAUUUGUAAUAGACUUGACGGUCAUAGGGGGGAUGAGCCCCAGGAUGACAAGCUACAAGCAAUAAUGUCA